CCAGCGCAUCUUCCCACCUCUUUAGCCACCGUCUCCGCCGCUCCGCCCAUCGCCUCCCUCCUCUACGCCUUCCUCACCGCAUCGACUCCGUCGCUUGGAGAAUCGUCAAGCACUCCUAAUGGCUCUCCGUGGCCGCGGCGAUUUCCAACAACGCCAGACACCGACCGUGGGCGCGUCCGAUCUCUUCGUCCCCCCUCGAUCCGUCACUUACUGCUGUGGCUCUUGCGGUUACGCUCUGAACCUGAGCUCCACCGACCGGCACAUGACCAAUAUUGGCUCCAAAUAUAGGAAGUCCAUCAAGAAGGGGAUCGUCUCGUUCAUAUCGGUGGACGAGAGUCGCUUCUCUCAGGUGGAGGAGCUCCGCUGUCGUCCCUACUUCAAAUCGAGACAUGAUUGGGGGUUGUUGAGACGGAGGACCAAAUUGUUCUGCCGAAACUGUCGAAACUUCAUCGGCGUUGGAUACGAAGAAGGUAUCCCCUCUCCGGACGUUGCUUCCGGGGACGGGAAGAAGUAUGAUAUCAUGAUUAGGGCGCUGCAGCCGUCGUCUUCCAAAUAAACUUGGUAUUCCUCUCGCUACCUGAUGUUCUUCGGCAUAUUUGACAUCACCCGCAUAUGCUUCCCUUGCAAUUGCAUGUUUGAGGUUGAAGUUGCUAGAUCACCAAAUGCAGUUGCUAAGCAUGAUCUUCUUUUAUUUGUCUAUAGAUCCGUCUCUGAACGUGAGACUUGUACAUGGUUUUGUUUGCUGUUACGUGAUUAGUUUAUGUAGAUGAUAUCGAUUCUCUGUAUGAAACUAAAGAUGAAUUUGGAUGAA